ACUCACUAUCACUAGGCCAACAGAUUUAGGUACUCAUGUUUAAAUAAAAUAGAACAAAAAAUAAAAUGAAGCAAGACCGGGGCUGAGAGAUGACUCUGAAGAAUUAUAGGAAUGCGAGGCCUUGUAAGGACACUCAAAGCAACAGAGACUCCAAGAACUGAAUAAUGGCCUGUUCCAGAUGCGUCUUUGCAAGGGUGGAAAUUUGGCACUAACAGGUUCCUGGGCAGACCGAUCACCACUACAUGAAGCAGCAAGUCAAGGUCGUCUUCUUGCUCUGAGAACAUUAUUAUCACAGGGUUAUAAUGUAAAUGCAGUAACCAUAGACCAUGUCACCCCAUUGCACGAAGCCUGCCUAGGAGAUCACGUGGCAUGUGCCAGAACUCUUCUGGAGGCAGGAGCUAAUGUAAAUGCAAUCACGAUAGAUGGAGUGACUCCAUUAUUCAAUGCAUGCUCACAAGGCAGUGCAAGCUGUACGGAACUUCUCUUGGAAUAUGGUGCCAAAGCCCAGCUGGAGUCAUGCCUUCCGUCUCCCAUACAUGAGGCCGCCAGUAAAGGACACCAUGAAUGUCUCGACCUAUUGAUAUCUUGGGGCGUAGAUGUUGACCAAGACAUUCCUCAUCUGGGAACGCCUCUCUAUGUAGCUUGUAUGUCACAGCAAUUUCAUUGCAUCUGGAAGCUUCUUUAUGCUGGUGCUGAUGUACAGAAAGGCAAGUAUUGGGAUACUCCAUUACAUGCUGCUGCUCAACAAUCCAGUGUGGAAAUCAUAAACUUACUGCUAGAAUUUGGAGCAGAUAUCAAUGCCAAAAAUACAGAGCUUCUGCGACCUGUAGAUGUAGCUAAGUCAAGCAGUGUGGAGGAAAGAAUACUACUUCAACAUGAAGCCACCCCAAGCUCUCUUUGCCAACUUUGCCGACUCUGUAUCCGAAAUUACAUAGGAAGACCAAGAUUACACCUAAUCCCUCAGCUGCAGCUGCCGACAUUACUGCAGAAUUUCUUACAAUAUCGAUAAAAGUAAAAUAAUUCUAAAUACUUUGAAAAUCAAAAAUCUGUUUCAUUUGCAUAAUGAAUAUUUCAUAUUAAAAUAUGCUAAAGAUAGGGUAAAAGCGAUUAUGAGAUUUCCCAGGGAAGCAGUGAAAUAUCAAUUUUCAUUUUAAGUGUACUACUUACUACUAUUAUUGUUUCAUGCGUAUUUAAUGUCUGUGGAUUAUAGUAUAUUUUUAAUAUCUAUAUAUUAUAGGUAUUAACUAUUCCAAUAUAUCCUCUUAUUAAUUUAAGAAAAAAAGUGAGAAAUCCUCCAUUUUAUUUCUUUUUCUUAGAAUGAAAAAAAUGAACUCUCACUAAAAUUAUUUAUAUUAUAUUGUACUUAAAACACUUAUAUUCUUCAAAUAGUGGGCUAACUUAAAUUUUGGCUACUGUUAUCUAUUGGUUUUUAAUAUUGACAUAAAAUAUGAGUACAGUUUAAAAAGAGCAACAUAGCUUUUGAAAUAAAAAUAACUCUC